UGUGAGCAGUAACGUUCAAGAGUUUAAAUUACAAGUCGUAAAGUAAGAAACGGUCAGUGAAAAAUUUGCUUAUUAAAUUUGCAAUAAAAUCAACAAACAUUCAUUUAGUUCUGAAGCAAUUUUAUAUGGAAACAUUGUGUGGAUUUAAUUUAAAGUGUUUGUGAAUGUUUUACCAAGUGUAAUCAUAACAAUUAAGAAUUAUUUAGAAUUAGAAUAAGAAUUAUUCCUUUCUGUCAAUCCUCGGCUCAGAGAUCAAAAACCUUCGAGUAGCGCAAAGAAAAAGCAACUCACCUCGACAAUAAAUCACCACGAUGGACUACUUGGUCUAUUAUUGCACAACGGCUCUGGCAAUAGUUGUCGGCCUCUUCUACGUCUACGCUAAACACAAUCUAUCCUACUGGAGCAGACGCGGCGUCAAGACCCCGCCACCGCAUCUGAUCUUCGGCAAUUUCAGGGAUUGCAUUCUCCUGCAAAAAACGCCGGCUGAUCAGCUGCAGGAAAUCUACAAUAGCGCCGAUCCGGACGAUCCUUACGUCGGGAUGUACAUCUUCCAUGAGCCCGUCCUGCUUUUACGGGAUCGCAGUCUGAUCAAGCAGAUAAUGAUCACGGAUUUUGAGAAUUUCGGAAAUCGCCGAUUCGGCUUGAGUAACGAGCGGGACGCGACAGGCUACGACAGCAUCCUGUCGAUACGCCAGCCCAGGUGGAAGUAUCUGAGACGCAAAUUAACGCCGGUCGUGACUGGGCAGAAGCUGAGGAACAUGAUGCCGCUGAUGAUAAAGAGCAGCAACGAAAUGAUCGAUUUUAUCGAGAAUCUGCCGGUCGAUAAGACUGGCGGAAAGACAUACGAAGUGAGAAAUUUAGGUUCUCGCUAUUGCGCCAAUGUCCUCGGUUCGGUAAUGUUUGGGGUCGACACCAACUCGUUCAAUGAAGAUGAUAAGGGGUUUUUGAUAAGUGGUGAAAAGGUCUUCCGAAGCUUCUCUGCCGGCGUAAUAUUUAUUAUCUUCUUCUUCGUUCCUCGAUUGAGUUUUCUGCUCGCACCCUUGCUUACGGGGCCUGCGGAAUAUUUCCGUAAAGUCUUCUGGAGUUCCAUGAAGGUCCGAGAGGAAAUGGGAAUUAAAAGAGGCGAUUUGGUCGAUUCCCUGUUGUCGCUUAAGGCCGGAGAACAGGAUCCGCUUUACAAGUUCGAGGGUGAUCAUCUGCCAGCGCAGUCGAGCAGUCUUUUCCAGGCUGGAUUCGAGGCGGGUUCAACCACGAUCGCGUUUGCUCUGUUCCACUUGGCGUGCCAUCCGGAGCAUCAAGCCACUCUGUAUGACGAAAUACAGACCCACUUGGCGGGGAAAGAGUGGACCAUGGAUCUGAUGAAUGAAAUGUCGUUCACGGAGCGCGUUCUGCUCGAGGCCUUGAGGCUUUUCCCACCCCUACCCAUUACAGACAGGAUAGCUGAGAAGGACUACAAGAUACCAGGCACCGACUUAAUAAUCGAGAAGGGAGUUUCGGUAUAUCUCUCGUUGAAUUCGACGAGUCAGGACCCCAGGUACUUCUCAGAUCCGCAGAAGUUUGAUCCGCUGAGGAAGUCCUUACAAGAGGACAAAAAAUUUUUCGAAUCUCUGGGAUUCGGCAUCGGACCUAGGGCCUGCAUGGGAACAAGAAUGGGUUUACUAUUUAUGAAGAUCGCGUUGAUUGCCAUCGUCACGAAUUACACUUUGCAUUACGAAACGGAUGGCGCUCUGCAAAAUUCCAAUAUCAAUGGCAUGGCUAACAAGAAAAAAGUUCGUCACGUAUUUCAGUACGCAGCUGACGGUUUGCAUGUGCAAUUCAAGAAACGUGCGUAAAAGUGCGUAAUUAAAACUUAUCCGACGCACUACACUUAUUUUAAGUAGAUAUUUCCAGUAUGAUAUUCAGUGUAUGAUCCAGUAUGAUCAGUGUAUUUCCAGUUCGUAUUAUCGGGUAGGAACUGUUCAUAGAUGUUUAAGGCCAUGGAAUUCCGACUACGAUGUGAAAUAAAUUUAUUGAUAAAAC